AUGAGUUCAAGUCUGCUUAGGUUAUCUAUUUAUGUCUUCUUUCUCUUGUUUGCAAGCUUGUUGGGUUUAGAAGUUUCCACCCUCACCAUUGCUACCAGCUUAGGAAACGAGACCGAUAGAUUGGCCUUGUUAGGGUUCAAGAAUAAUCAUAUCUACGAUCCCUUGGGAGCUCUAAAUUCUUGGAACGAGUCUCUCCAUUUCUGUAAGUGGAAAGGCGUUACAUGUGGUCGUAAGCACCAAAGGAUUACCUUCUUAGAUUUAAGUGACAAUCGUUUGGAAGGAAUUCUACCUCCAUACAUAGGAAACCUCACCUUUCUUCGAGGUAUCUACCUCUCAAACAAUGGUUUCCAUGGUACAAUCCCCCAAGAAAUUGGUCGCCUGUUCCGCUUACAAUUCCUCAAUCUCUCCACCAAUUUCUUACAAGGAGAAAUACCUACCAAUUUGACUCGCUGCCAUGACCUCAGAGUGCUAGAUAUAAGAAAGAACAACCUCACUGGAAGGAUACCCAAUGAGCUUGGGUCUUUGUCUAAGCUUACACAGAUGUUUCUUAGCAAAAAUUCUUUGACCGGACGGAUUCCACAUUCUUUUGGAAACCUUUCAUCGCUCGAAGAUCUUCGGAUAUCAUAUAAUGCUUUGGAAGGAAACAUUCCGGAAAGUAUGGGCCAGAUGACAAGAUUAAAAACUGUUGUUUUUGAUGAAAAUAAGCUCUCGGGUACGUUCCCUUGCUCAUUUUACAAUAUAUCAUCUAUUGAAUUGUUUUACGCUACAUCCAAUCAAUUGCACGGGAGGCUUCCAGCUGAUAUAGACCUCACCCUUCCAAAUCUCCAACAGAUUGGUAUUGCUUGUAACCAUUUUACUGGACGAAUUCCUCAGUCCCUUUCCAAUAUUUCAGGUCUUACGCUUAUUGAUAUCUCCUCAAACAAUUUUCUUGGACCAGUCCCUGCUAAUCUUGGUAAUCUUCAAUAUCUCAGUACUCUAGACAUUGGUGGAAAUCGAUUGGGAACAAGGGAAGCUAAUCACUUGAGAUUUCUCACUUCUUUGACCAAUUGUACUAGUUUAGCAUAUUUGGAACUAUACGAGAAUGAUCUUAGAGGCCCAUUUCCCAACUCUAUUACUAAUCUCUCGACCCAGCUUACUCGACUCAUCAUGAAUGGAAACCAAAUUUCUGGAAGCAUCCCUGUUGGUAUUGAGAAUCUCAUCAAUUUAAAUUAUCUAGACAUGUCGUUCAACUUUCUGACAGGGAGCAUUCCCCCUACUAUAGGAAAGUUAAGGAAGCUUGAAGUCUUGUUUCUACAAAGAAACAGAUUCGUAGGAGAGAUUCCACCCUCAAUAUGCAACAUCACUCCUUUGUAUAAUCUCCAUUUAGAGGAGAACAGACUUCAUGGAAAAAUUCCUUCUUGCCUAGGUGAUUCUAUUUCUCUGCAACAAUUAAACCUUUCUUAUAACAAGCUUACAGGUGUUGUACCUAAACAGUUAAUCGGUCUUUCUUCUUUAACGUUUUACCUCAACUUGGAACAUAACUCUCUCUCUGGCUCUCUACCACCGGAAGUAGUUAAGCUGAAAUACAUUGAGCAACUAGCUGUCUUUGGAAAUAAGUUAUCUGGUGAAAUUCCUGCUGCUUUAGGCGCUUGUAGUAGCUUGCGAUAUCUUUAUUUGGGAGCCAAUUUCUUCCAUGGAAAUAUUCCUUCAUCUUUGAGCUUAUUGAGGGCUAUUGAGGUGCUUGAUCUCUCACUCAAUAACUUAUCAGGACUGAUUCCAAAAGAAUUUGAGAAUCUUCCCUUUUUGGAGAGUUUGGAUCUGUCCGUAAACAAUCUUGAGGGUGAGGUACCAACAGAAGGGGUCUUUGCAAAUUUAAGCAAAAUUAAUGUGGUUGGGAAUAGUAGGCUUUGUGGUGGUAUUCCUGAAUUGCAAUUGCCGAGCUGUUCCACGUCCAUGAAAGGAGGAAAGCCUAUUGGAUUUAAGGUACUGGUUGUAGUAGUUAGUGUGGUGUUUUCUUUCAUAUUAAGUUGGUCCAUUCUUUAUUGGAUAAGAAAACCCAAGAGAGAAUCUUCACCUACACCCCCUAUAGGAGAUAGACAAUUGAAGGUAUCUUAUACUGAGCUUUUUCAAGCUACUGAUGGAUUUUCAGAAGCUAAUUUGAUUGGUUCAGGAGGUUCUGGCUGUGUUUAUAAAGGAAAUCUCAUCAAUCGAGGUGAAAGUGAAACAGUUGUAGCAAUAAAGGUAUUUAGCCUUCAACAACCAAGGGCUUUGAUGAAGAGCUUUAUGGCUGAAUGCAACAUACUGAAAAACAUCCGGCAUAGAAAUAUUGUCAAAAUUAUAACUUCAUGCUCAAGCAUGGAUUCCAAAAGCAACGAUUUCAAGGCCCUGGUUUUUGAAUUUAUGCCUAAUGGUAGUCUAGAAAAAUGGUUGCAUCCGGACGUAGAUUUACACAAGGAAGUCAAGACUUCAAACAUUCUACAGAGACUGAACAUUGCAAUUGAUGUGGCAUCUGCACUGGAUUAUCUGCAUUACCACUGUGAAACACCAAUUAUCCAUUGUGAUUUGAAGCCAAGCAACAUUCUUCUUGAUGAUGAUUUGACUGCUCAUGUAAGCGACUUUGGUUCAGCAAGGUUACUUGCAGAAGGCACCAACAAUUUUUCUUGCAACACUAGCGGGUCAUCUGCAGUAAAAGGAUCUAUCGGAUAUAUGGCUCCAGAGUACGGUACAAGUGGUGAGGUGGCAAUACAUGGAGACGUGUACAGCUAUGGUAUCCUUUUGUUGGAGAUGUUCACAGGAAAACGACCUACACAUGAGAUGUUCACAGGUGAUUUUAAUCUGCAUAAGUUUGCCAAAAUGGCUCUUCCUCAACAUGUGAUGAAAAUUGUGGAUUCAAGGCUUAUAUCAAAUGAAGAACACGUUAAGGAGAACACUAGCAUUAAUUAUUCCAGUUAUCGGACUCACAUGGUCGAUAAAUUGCAAGUGUGUCUAACUUGGGUAAUCAGAAUUGGAGUCCAAUGCUCUAUUGCAACACCAAGAGAACGAAUGAACAUAAGGGUUGUCACCAAGGAAUUGAAUUUGAUUAGAGAAGUCUUUCUUGGAGUUAAGGUUCAUGGAGUGAGACCGAAUUAUUCAAUUGAAGGUAUGGUUAAACUCUAA